AUGCCUGGAAGUUGCUUGACCUUAUCGAGUAACUGUGGCAAUCUUGGCAGCACGUCCCAUUUAGCUGAUGCUGGCUCUACUUCUCGACUUUCUGAAGACGCUCGCAAUGCCUCUAGGCUAACAAUGGGGGCCAACAACCACGAUCAGAAGGACCACCUAAAUCAACACCAGCAGCCUCACUCGCGCAGUCAGACUCAGCCCCAUGAACUUCACCACUCGCAUUCGCACUCCCAUACGCACCUUCAUACACACUCUGGCAUUCAUUCUGCUAUUGACAGUCACGGAUCAGCAGUACCACAUUCGCUGCACGCUCAUCAGCUCCAUCAUUCUUCCCACCAGCAUAUGGCCCACCUCGAUCUCACCCAAUCCUGUCAUCCGGAUCAUCCAACUGUCCCCUCGGAUGGCCAAUUAACUGUCUCUAUGACCAGGUAA